CAAACUUUAAGUCAAUCAGUACAAAAAAAAUUAUUCUGUCGGUAAACAUAAAAAAUAAUUUCGUUCUAGUAAAGCUCAGUAAAUUCAAAACCAAACCAAAAAUAUGUCUUUCGGCAUUGUUUUCACAAAUCUAUUGCUAGUCUCUGCCUGCAUAUAUGCAAUGCGAACGCUCGAUCCAACGGAGCAUUGCUAUGCCUAUGUGGCAGCAUCACUUGCACUUAUUCAAGGUGUUUUGAGCCUUCUGCGUGGUUUGGCUUUGGUGCCCGAUGAAUGCGGAUUGGCAUCGUCGAUUUCCGAAGACAUAGUCAUCGUCUUACCGCAUACAAUGACAAAUAUCGAAAUCUACCUCAAGUCGGAUCUCAACAGAGUGGCAAUGGUCCACUGCCUGUGCCUCGUUCCACUCAUUUACGAUGUGGUGGGCAGAAUUGGCGACGACUAUGACCCUUGCACGGACAAGCUAAAGGAUCUGGCUCUAUUCGCGAACAUGAUUUCCACUGGAUACUUGGCGAUCCAUGAAGGCAACGAGCAGUAUUACGGAUUGCUCGCAGUAGCAAUCAUUGCAAGAUUCGGCGGAUCCGCAGUAGAUCUUUUGGUCGAUUGUGUCGGUUAUCAUGUGGCCACAUUGGGCCCUGCUGGGAUCUUGGCGAUGAUGACCUACACACUGACUGGGAAAUAGUUCGCAAAGAAACCUCAAAAGUUUCCCAAUGUAGAUUUAAAUCAAUAAAUGAAAUGAUCUAUACAAAA